AUGGAUGUUUACUAUUGGGGUGAAAAAAUACCAGGUGCUUCUGGUUCUUCAUUUCAAAUCUUAAAUGAUCAGUAUGCAAAAGAUAGUAUGGAUGUUUAUUAUACUGGAAAGAAAGUGCAAGAUGCAUCAGCCUCAUCGUUCGUGGUCUUGGGAGACGGGUAUGCAAAAGAUAGCAUGGAUGUCUUUUUUAUGGGAAAAAAAAUUCAGGGCGCAUCUGCAUCAUCGUUUCAAAUAUUAGGGAAUGGUUCUGCCAAAGAUACAUGGCACAGUUAUUAUAUGGGAGAACAAUCGAUUGUAUUUCGAACGAUUAAAAAUAUAAAUGAACUAGAUUUAUCGAUUCUUGGCUUCUGA